AUGGGAGGAGCGUACCUGCAGCCACUGGAUCCCCACAGCCACAAGGCGUCGAGCAAAAAUCCUGGCUAUUUCCUGUCCAAAACUACCUGCGCCUGGCUCGUCUGUGGUUUCCUCUCCUUGGCUCUCCUCCACCUCCUCUGCUGCUCCCCCGCCGGCACCCAACGAGCGGCGCUCUCUCCUCUGCUCCAGUACAUCAACAACACCUACUCCUUCGUCUCAACAGUUCCAGGUCCUCAAUCAGCAGAAGAAACUGAGAGGAGCUGCAACUACGCGGUGGGGAACUGGGUGUGGGCGCCGGGCCACGCGCGGCGGUACAACGCAACCGAGUGCAACGCCAAGGAGAGCCACGACUGCAUCCGCAACGGGCGGCCCGACACGGGGUACCUCGACUGGCGGUGGCAGCCGGCCGGCGGGUGCCCGCUGCCGGCGUUCGACGCCGCAAAGUUCCUCUCGGCGGUGCGCGGCAAGCACGUGGCGUUCGUGGGCGACUCCAUGGCGCGGAACCAGGCGCAGUCCCUCAUCUGUCUCCUCAGCGCCGCGUUCCCGUACCGCCUCCUGUACCGGGACACCGGCCCGGGCCCGCGCAAGCACAACUUCUGGCGGUACGCGUUCCCGCACUACGACGUGAGGGUGUCCUUCUACUGGUACCCGUUCCUCGUCAGGGCCACGGGCAAGGCCGAGGACGAGCGCGUCCCCUACAACCACGUGCACCUCGACCAGCCCGGCGACCGGUGGGCCGCCGACGCCGACACCAUCGACGUCGCGGUGCUCGGCGCCGCGCACUGGCUGCUGAACGGCGCCAUCUAUUACAACGGCAGCGAGGUGAUAGGCGCCCACUACGCCCCCGCGGAGAUGAAUUACACUAGCGUUGGCUACGCGUGGCCGCUGCGCGUGGCGUACCGGGCGUCGGUGGAGCGGCUGAUGAGCACCGCCGCCGCCGGGCGGCCACGGACCGUGGUGCUGGCCACGUUCUCGCCGUCUCACUUCGAAGGGAAGUCGACCAACGACCCCACGGCGUGCGCCAAGACGGAGCCGUACAAGGAGGGGGAGAACGACAUGGAGUGGAUGUACAGGGAGGUGCGGGACAUCGUCUACGACGAGGCGAACGCCGCCAGGGCGAGGAACGGCAACGACAGCGCCACGAGGAUCGAGGUGCUGGACGUGUCGAAGCUGGCGUCCAUGCGGCCGGACGGGCACCCGGGCCUGUACAUGCACGACCACCCGUUCGCCAAUGGUAAGACGACGCAGGGGAUGUAUUCCGACUGCCUCCACUUCUGCCUGCCCGGCCCGGUCGACACCUUCAACGAGAUAUUGCUGCAGAUCCUGAGGAAGAGGUGGUGA